AUGUCAUGUGAGGUGAGGUAGCUUUCUGAUGAAUUAUUUACCUAAAAAAGCUCCCCAAUGACACAAUGAUCGUAGCCGUUUGAUUGGACCCUGGCAUCUCCCAUCUUACAAACACAAGAAGGAACGAAGGAAUGCAAUAAAAUGAGAUUAACGGAAGGUGGAAAAUGGAAUUUGCUUGAUCCAUAACCAUAGAUAGGUUGUUGUAAACUGUAAAGGAAUAAGUGGAUCCACUUGCCCGUACGCGUAGUGUGUAGUCGUAUAAAUUGUUUUGUUAUGCGUACAUUUACAAAGGGAAAGAAAGUGGCGAUGCCGUAUGCCAAAAACAUGAACGAAGAAGGACCAACCAAAGCCAAAGGCAGAAAGCCCAAACCCGGUUUUCUCUCGCGUUUCUGCAACACUUCCCAAACACUCAUUUCCACGAUGCCCAGAAAACCCCUUCUCAAGCAAACCCUUGCAACCUUCCUUAUCGUCUUUGCCCUCUAUGUCAUCUUCAAUUCCUUCUUCCACACCACCGAUUCCUUCGCCUUCGACUCAAUCAACUCCGCCACCACUUCCUCCGUCGUAUUCGCCACCGGCGUCUCCAAAUUCCCCGCUGUCAAGGUCUUCCUCUACGAUCUCCCCCGCAGGUUCACCUACGGCGUCAUCCACCACCAUGGCCUCGCGCGUGGCUCACACGCCAACCCCGAUGACGUGUCAUCCCUUAAGUACCCCGGCCACCAGCACAUGGCCGAGUGGUACCUCUAUUCGGAUCUCGCCCGACCCGAAUCCGAACGUGCGGGUUCAGCUGUGGUUCGGGUAAAGGAUCCAGAGGAAGCCGACUUGUUUUUCGUGCCGUUUUUCUCGUCGCUGAGUUUGAUCGUGAACCCUGUUCGACCGGCAGGUUCAGGUUCGGAGAAACCGGUUUACAGCGACGAGGAGAACCAGGAGGCGCUGGUGAAGUGGCUGGAGGGGCAAGAGUAUUGGAAGAGGAGCAAAGGGAGGGAUCACGUGAUCGUUGCCUCGGAUCCGAAUGCAAUGUAUCGGGUCAUCGAUCGGGUAAAAAAUUGCGUGUUGCUUGUAUCAGAUUUCGGGCGGUUGCGACCCGACCAGGGAUCGCUGGUGAAGGACGUAAUUGUGCCCUACUCGCAUCGUAUCAGAACGUAUGAGGGGGACGUUGGUGUGGAUAAUCGCAACACCUUGUUGUUUUUCAUGGGGAAUCGAUAUCGCAAAGAGGGAGGGAAAAUCCGUGAUAUACUCUUUCAAAUUCUAGAAAAUGAAAAGGAUGUCAUAAUAAAGCAUGGAGCACAAUCCAGAGAGAGUCGACGAGCAGCUUCACAAGGAAUGCAUACAUCAAAGUUCUGUUUACAUCCUGCAGGAGAUACACCAUCAGCCUGCCGACUGUUUGAUGCUAUAGUUAGCUUGUGCAUCCCAGUGAUUGUCAGCGAUAGUAUCGAGUUGCCUUUUGAAGAUACUAUAGAUUAUAGAAAGAUUGCUGUAUUUGUAGAAACUGCUUCUGCUAUUAAGUCAGGAUAUUUGGUGUCAAAAUUGAGAGCGGUGACCCCAGAUAGAAUCUUGGAAUAUCAGAAAGAGCUAAAAGAGGUUAAGCGAUACUUUGAGUAUGAUGAUCCUCAUGGGACAGUUAAUGAGAUUUGGCGCCAAGUUUCAAAGAAACUGCCCUUGAUUAAAUUGAUGAUUAACCGUGAGAAAAGGCUGUUUGGAAAUGAAGCGGAGUGCUCUUGCAUAUGUACAAACCAGACUGCGAUUAGAACCCUAUAGAACUUUUCUCAUCAUCAGGUUUGAAAUUCCAUGAAAUCUGCGGCUCAGUUUUGUCAGGAGAUUUUGAGGCGAUGAGGACAUUUAAUUCAAGGAUAAUGAUAGUCGUAAAUAUGGUUUCUCUCAUUUUUCACACAUGGGUGACUUGAAGAAACAACUUGAGAAUCUCAAUUUACUCAACAAACUCAUUCCCCUGAAAAGUUUAUGUCACGCAUAUGUGAGAUAUGCAAGAGAAGCUGGUUGUGUAACUGUCAAAAUACUCAUUACAUUAUUAAUCCUUCGUGGUAUUACGGGGCUUGACCCAAAUCUGAUAUAUCUUGAAGUUGUGCAUAGCUUUGUCACCUGCCAUGUACGAGUAUACCUAACGCCUUCCGUUGUAGAUUCCAUAAGCCCCACAUAAGUUUACGCAUUGAGACUAGACUCAGAAGGAUACCGGGAUUGAAUUGUACAGGAUGAUACAAAAGCAUAAUUAUUUUGAUUCUUUUACAUCAUAAUAUAUAUCCCUUUCCUUGUUCUUUUGUUGUAUAUAUACA